AUGCCGAAGUAUCGAAUUGUAUUCCUUCUAUUGUUGGUUCUUCUGAUGAAUUCAGAAGCAGCUGACUUGCUGACGUGUACCUCGAAAGAGGAGCCGAUUCUGGUCAGUGGGUCCAUCAACAAGGCGUUCUCAAUGCAAAUCACGGAUAAGGUCAAAAAUUGUAACGGGUACUGUGUGAGCAAACUUGUCUCCUUGGAUGCAACGCUAGCUGAUGGAACUCAAGCUCACAUCCGAAAUUUCCACUUCUCAUGUAUUCCAAUCGCCCCGAAGGCUGAGCAAUUGUGUAGUAAGAUGUGCACCACUCAAAUCUACAAAAACGAAAAGUCGAGCAAGACGAUCGAUCGAAGUGUUGGAUCGCUCAAAAGAGUGUUGAUCAAGGAAAUCGGAGACUUUUCAUUCGAGAAGGCUGAAGAGAAGACGUGCUGUUGUAAGGAUGCCAGGUGCGCUCGUCGUCUCGAUGCCAUGAUGCGUCUGAAUCUCCACUCCAAUUAUAAAAUCCACUGA